AACAUCUAUCUACACUCGUCUUUGAAUCAUGGCAGAGCCAAACAAUGAACACGGUUCAUUGAACGCUCCGAUGAAGGGUGGCAGAAAGCGAGCCGGCAGGUCAAGUGACUCGCCUAAUGGUGCCCCUUGUGGAGCCUGUAAGUUAUUGAGGAAGAGGUGUGUUAAUGGGUGCAUCUUUGCACCCUACUUUGGGCCCGAACAAGGGACCGCACUGUUCGCAGCGGUCCACAAGAUAUUCGGGGCCAGCAACGUGUCAAAGCUGUUGGUGCAACUUCCGCUACACCACCGCUACAGUGCUGUUAAGACCUUGACGUAUGAAGCUCAGGCUAGGUUGGCUGACCCUGUUAGCGGCUGUGUAUCUGUGGUCGCGAAUUUGAUUACACAGGUUGUAUAUUUGCACAUGGAACUAGCAAAGGCGAAGAAGCUAAUAGCCGAGAAACGCAUGGUGGCGCAGGGUCCACCACCGCAGCCAGAACAGUUGAACCACCAUGAAUUGCCGCCAAGUCACCACCUUGAUUGGCAGCCAGUGUAUCCAAAUGGUUCAAUGGCGCAGAAGCUACUAGUCGAGCGACUCCUGGCGGCCACCACACCCCAGGGUCCUCCACCACAGCCAGAACAGUUGAACCACCUUGAAUUGCCGCCAAGUUGCCACCCUGAUUGGCAGCCAGUGUAUCCAAAUGGUUCAAUGGCGCAGAAGCUACUAGCCGAGCGACUCGUGGCGGCCAACACACCCCAGGGUCCUCCACUGCAGCCAGAACAGUUGAACCACGUUGAAUUGCCGCCAGUUCAACACCCUGAUUGGCAGCCAGUGUAUCCAAAUGGUUCAAUGGCGCAGAAGCUACUAGCCGAGCGUCUCAUGGCGGACAACAUACCCAAGGGUCCACCACUGCAGCCAGAACAGUUGAACUAUGUUGAAUUGCCGCCAAGUCACCACCCUGAUUGGCAGCCAGUGUAUCCAAAUGGUUCAUCUGCUUCAAACAACAACAUGAUCAACAUGAACAUGUUUGACUCAAACAUGCAUAAUCCUGCAAAUGACCAUCAGUACGCUGCUUCUUCACAGCCGAGUUUCGAUCCCCUGAUGUAUACUGGACCUUAUUUCGAAAAUGAUGAUGACGUUAUGGAAGACAUCGGGGACCUGCUUGCGUUUGCUGAUCAGUUUUAAGUUUCAAUCUGGAUGUUUCGAAGUUCCGUAAUAAUUAAAUAAGUUUGUACUUCUGGUAUUACCAUAAGUAACUGCAGACAAGAAUGGUUAUGAAAUUAUAUUUUAAUGGCUUUCUAAA